AUAUUGGAGGUUGUUUGCUGUGAGCUGUUGACAGGAGGACGGCGCUCUCCGGCGCAGUGAAGUAACAGUGCGUGCUUUAGCCAUGGCGGCCACAGGAGGAGGGAAAAUCAGAACGAGACGAUAUCACAUCGUGUCUAAACCUUACGGCAAGGCUAAACAGCAGCCUGGACUGAUCAGUCGAGUAACAGACACCGUGAAGAGCAUAGUCCCCUCUUGGCUGCAGAAGUACUUCAAUAAUGGAGAGGUAGCUGAAGGAGGAGAGACCCAUGUGCAAGUUGAGCAGAACAACGUACCUACUCCUCCCAAUGGCAAUCAGGAACCUGCGCCGCUCCCCGAUGGACGCGACUCCCCAGAACCCAGCACCAGUUAUGCAGAACCCUCUACAAGCCGAGCGUCUUUGAACUUCCAGGACGUUCUCUCCAGACCUCCGCUCAACCGCUCCCACCUUCAUUUCCCUUCUCACGAUGGAUCCCCAGCACUCGGGGGCCCUCUCUUCUCCCAACCUUCCACAUCUACAGCUCCCUUUCCUGCAAGCCCCUUUGCCGUAAGCUCGAGCUUCUCUCUAGUGAAGGAGAUCAAGGACUCUAGCUCUCAGCACGAGGACGACAAUAUCUCCACCACGAGUGGCUUUUCAUCAAGAGCGUCUGAUAAAGAUGUACCCACGUCAAAGACGGCACCACUCCUCUGGUCCCCCGAGAUGGAUCGCACACAUACCGGAUCACAGUCGGCUCAUGCUGGUCUCAAGAGACCAGCUUUCAAUCUGUCAGUCUUUGGCACUUCCUCAUCAUCGGUGAUGAACAGUUCAGUGCUGAACUCCACUCAGCUGGGAGAUUCUCCCUUCUAUCCAGGGAAGACAACCUAUGGCGGCGCUUCAGCUGCCAAGACUGCUCGUUCACGGCCGGGCACACCUUAUCAGGCUCCUGUGAGGAGACAGAUCAAGGCCAAACCGGCAGGAGCUCAGCCGUGCGGAGUGACCAGUGCCACAGCCAGACGCAUCCUGCAGUCACUAGAGCGCAUGUCUAGCCCUCUUGCUGAUGCGAAAAGAAUUCCAUCAGCAGUUUCCUCUCCUUUAUCAGCAUCAAUGAAUCGCACAGAUCUAGAUGUUCAUUUCCAGUCUAAGAGGAAAAAGCUGGAACCGGCUGUCCCGCCUGUGCAGAAACUGGUGAUCCCAGCUGCUGCAGCUGUGUCUGGUAACCGCUCCGUGUCUUUCCGCCCUUCGCUAACUCCUGGAUCUGUUAGCAGAAUGGUGGAAAAGGGCAGCAAGGAGACGCCUGUUCGACGGUCCCCUCAUAUCCCAGAUGCAAUUCCAGCUGCCACACCAAGCACAAGCAGCCUGUCGUACCCGUUGUCCAGUACACCUGCUAUCAGCAUCACGGGUGCCGGUGGCGGCAAGAUGAAGCGAGAAAGGAGCAUCCGCCCUUCCACCAAAAGACCUGAUGAUGAGGUUGCUGAAGUGCCGAAUCUGCCUGCUGUCUCUCUGCCGAUCAGUAACUUCAAGCUGCCUACUUUCAGUUUCUCAUCCCCACCCCCUUCAUCGACCCUCACCCCAAGCACCAGGGCAAUGCCACUGGUCUCUGAGCAAGCAGCCAACAGCAAGGGGACAAAUGCUGUGUCUACACCCGUUUCUUUUACCUUUUCUUCACCCAUUGUCAAGGCAACAGCUGGCAGUCCAAUGUCCUUUUCUCCAUCAUCUGAAUUUACCUUCAGCGCACCUACUAUGAAAACUGCAACUUCCAUGUCAAAUGGCAAACUUGCUCCAGCAGUAUCUGCAUUAAAAACAACCAGCGAACAUAGCGAGGAGUUUGAUGGGCCUUUCAAACCCGCGAAGACUUUGAAGCAGGGUAGUGUUCUGGAUAUCCUUAAAGGACCCGGUUUUGCUUCUCCAGCCCAGACCUCCUCUGAAACAGAACCCACAAAGUCGACACGCAGCACAUCUGUACAUACACCCUUGACUUCUCUCUCUGGGUUCGGAGAGAAGUUUAAACCUGCAGCAGGAUCAUGGAACUGUGGCACCUGUCUGGUGCAAAACAAAUCCUCAGACAAAAAGUGUGUGGCCUGCCAGGCUCCACAGCCCAGCACAGACUCUUCAUCCAGGUCGGACAGUAAACCUGUGAAAGCCCCUGCUGCUAGUCAUAGUUCUUUGUUUGCCCCGCCAGCUGGAAGCUGGGAAUGUGACACGUGUCUGGUGCAGAACAAGCCUGAGGUGGUUAAAUGUGUAGCGUGUGAAACAUCCAGGCCAGGAACUGGAGUAAAGCCUGCCCUGACUCGGCCUCCUGUCUCUGAGGUCUCCUUAACACCUACUGCUUCUUCUACCCCAUCCACCACUUCCACAACCACCACUACAUCUGGACUAAGUCUUGCUGACAAGUUUAAGAAGCCCGAGGGGGCAUGGGAUUGCGAUGUAUGCAUGGUUCAAAAUAAAGCACAGGAUGCUAAGUGUGUAGCGUGUCAGAGCGCUAAACCAGGAGCAUCAGCAGUACCUUCAUUCCAAGCACCUUCAUCCCUGCCUCCUGCAUCUACACCAGCAAGUAGUGCUCCUCUUUUGGGAUUUGGUGACCAGUUCAAGAAACCUGAGGGCAGUUGGGAGUGUGAUGUCUGCUGUGUUCAAAACAAGGCUGAGGACCAGCAGUGUGUGGCCUGCCAAUCAACCAAACCGGGAGCUAAAGUAGAAACCAAAGGUAUUGGCCCUCAGACAUCCAGCACUAAUUCAACCUCAAGUGCAUUCAAAUUUGGUUCCUCAAAUUCAAGCUCUGCUGAGUUGAAAUUUGGUGGCACUUUUUCAAACUCCACCUCCACAAUGUCCUUUAAGUUUGGCAAUGCUCCUUCAGACUCUGCUGCCUCUUCUGUAGGCUUCAAAUUCGGAGGUGCUUCCACAGAACGCACCUCAACAGGCGCCAGUUCAACCGAGAGUUUCAAGUUUGGUGGCUCAUCAGAUGGCUUUAAAUUUGGAGCAGCCUCCACUUCUGAAUCAACGAGUGAAGAGAAAAAGAGCGAAUCUCAAAAUUCUGCAUCUGGUUUUAAGUUCGGCGGAAACGGUGCAAGUGUUGGCUCUGGCUUUAAAUUUGGAGCAGCCUCCACUUCUGAAUCAACAAGUGAAGAGAAAAAGAGCGAAUCUCAAAAUUCCGCAUCUGGUUUGAAAUUUGGAGGAAGCGGUGCAAAUGUUGGCUCUGGCUUUAAAUUUGGAGCAGCCUCCACCUCUGAAUCAACAAGUGAAGAGAAAAAGAGUGAGUCUCAAAAUUCUACUGCUGGUUUUAAAUUUGGAGGAAGCUCUAUAAGCACUGCUACUACAACUGCAUCAGGGGGCUUUGCAUUUGGGCUCUCAAAACCUGAAGACAAAACAGGGUCCAGUCUGUCGUUCAGUUUGUCAGCACCUAAAGCCAAAGGUGAAAAGGAAGACCCUCUUCCAUCCACAGAAGCUGUUUCAGCCACUGCCAACGCUGUUCCUAUUUUUGGCAAGCCGCCGUUGGCAGAGGCUAACACAGCUGUACUGUUUGGAGAAGAAACCCCACAGAAGACUUCAACCACUACUUUCAUGUUUGGUAAACCAGAGGAGAAAAACGAUACCUCGACGCCUUCAACUGGCUUUCUGUUCACUGGUGCCAAGGAGGCUGACAAACCUGCACCCUCUGGCUUCAGCUUCAGCAAGCCAGACCCUCCUAAGGAGCUCCCCAAACCUUCAUUUGCAUUUGGAAAACCUGCUGAGGCCACAGAAACCACAAAGCCAGCAUUUGGCUUUGGACAGAAUGCCACAGACAAUACAGCACCAAAGCCUACGUUCGCUUUUAUGGGUAGUUCAGCCGCCACCCCUGCCUCCAAUAGUCUUGCACCCAGCCUCUUUGGGACUCCCAGCAGUUCGAGCCAAGCCCCCAACCCUGCUCCAAACAGCAACUUUGUUUUUGGCCAGAGUUCCUCUUCAGAUGCACCUUCCAAGAGCUUUAUGUUUGGGCAGCAGCAGCAAGAAACCCAACCAGCUUCAGCAGAACCCUCUGCCGGUCCUAAUCCAGUACCAACUUUUGUCUUUGGCUCUGUGAGCAAUUCAAACGCAUCACCGUUCUCCUUCGGCGGUGCAGCUUCUACACCCGCGUCUACAGCUCCUGCACCUUCGGCAGCUCCAGCUCCAUUUGGGUUUACUGCCACCACUUCCACCUCUGGCUUUGGCUCUGGACAGACCCCAGCGUUUGGCUCUUCACAGUCCACUGUUCCAGCUUUUGGCUCAGCUGCAUCCUCUUUCACAGCCACAGCAUCAGCCCCUCCUGCCUUUGGAGUUAAGCCUAGCGCUCCUUCCGUGUUCGGCCAGCAGCCCAACUCAACACCUGCUUUUGGGUCAUCUACUGCCUCUUCUGGACAAGGAGCCUUCCAGUUUGGGGGAGCCACAGCUUUUGGGGUGACUGGUAGCAACAACAGCAAUGUGUUUACAUUUGGAGGAGGGUCCGGAGGUACAGCCGGUCCUGCAGCAUCUCCAGCCAUGCCUGCACAGCCAGCAGCACCUGCAGGAGGCUUUGGCUUCUCACAGUCCCCGGCCUUCAAUAUCGGGUCAGCUAAGAGUUCCAGCCCGGCACCGGUUGGACAGCAUGGCAUCGCCGGCCGAAAGAUCAAAACUGCUGUCCGGCGUAGGAAGUAAAGCUGGAGAUGAUUCAGGCUGCCUCACCAUUGAACAAACACUGAAGUACUUAGUAUUUUGAGCUUGGUACAAACUGCUCUCUCUUGUCAGGAGAUUUGUUUUGCAGUCAAGGGUCAUUGGUAGACUGUGGAGCCCUGGCCCUCUGACUGAAAUUCACAGAGACUCAAAAACGUGAAAUAAAUGAAUACAAUCAAGCAAAAACCUUACCUUGUGCAGGAACGGUAUAUCUAUUUUCAGCAUCUGCAAUAUUGGCGGGAUUUGCGCAUGACUUUUUGUAAGGAAAGUAUACCAUGCAAAAACAAAUUUAGGGCAGCGACAAAUAGGUUUUACUUGGGUGAUCUGCAGGUAAAUCUGCACGUGGCAGAGAAAAGGACUAGUUGCUGUAUGUACAGUGAGGUGAGUGUUCCUGUGUCCUGAAUGAAGCAUUUUCUUUUUUUUGUGCGCAGAUUUGUAUGUAUGUGUGGUUUCUUUGUACAUGCUCAAUUGUGCUGGUUGAAAAAUGGAGGCAAAUGAAUGUGUUUAAGGAAAGGGCUGGGUGGAAGUGUGGGUUACACCCACGUGCUGUCGAUUUUGUAAGGGGAAAAAGUAGCCCUGCCGCUCUCCUCAGAUCCUCUGUAAAUCUGCACUUCUAAGUCUGUUCAAGUUCAUCCUCAAAAGUUCUUUUAGGCCCCCCCCCUUCUCUCCUCCUAUUACUCUCCCAUUUUCAUGUUUCUCGAUUCUCUACACCUCAUCUACACCUUUUUGUCUCCUGCCUUUUGAAUAUUAUUAAAAAAAAUUGUAAAUAGUAACUUUUUUUUUUAAUCUGUGAAGUUUGUGAGUGUUAAACAAGCUUAUUUUUCAUUUUCUUUUUUGUCUUUUAGAAUUUAUGUAAAGCCCUUAAUUCAAAGUUACCCAAAUCCAUUUAAAAAUGACCUUAAAUGCAAAUUGGGGAUCCUUUGAAGACUAAAGGUAUAUUGGCAUUUCUGAUCCACUUUUGUUUGGACCAAAACCAGUAUUGUAAAAAGUGUUAAGUAUAUAUUUUUCUAUUGCUUGUUUAAAUGGACUUAGGGUGACUUUGGAUCAUAAGGACAUCUACUUAAUUUUAAAGCCAUGAUAAUUAUUACUGAACGAGUGAUAAAUAAAACCAUGGAUAAUUGCCAUCAAUAAAAUUAUGAAACGAU